CGCGCGGUUUCGCUUCGUGUGGCGGCGUGGGGAUUGCUCGGAGCGGCCUGGGGACGGCGGGGCCUGCGGAUCUGUGCGGCAGCCACCUGGUUCAGCACGCCAUGGCUCCCGUGCUGAACCUCAACAACGAGGUUGUGAAGAUGAGAAAAGAUGUGAAGAAGGCCAGAGUCCUGACUAUUCGCAGACUAACCAGACACAUCGGGAAAUUAAAAUUGAAAAAGGGUUCAGAAGACUUGAAAUUAAAGAACCAAAAACGAGUUGAGAGAUUAAUAGAAGAAAUCCAUGCCAUGAAGGAAAUAAAACCAGAUGAAGUUACCAGACUUGCUCUUAGGACAGAAGUUAAUUUUGAAAGCGUCUGCAGAAAGCCAGAUUGYACUGCAGCUGAGCGGGCCAUGGCAAGACUUGCAACACAUCCCACCUUGAAGCCCCGAUUUGUUGAACUUAAAGCUGCUGUUAAAGCUUUUAAGGAUGCAAGAAAGAACCCAGACCAUGCCACUCAUGUGAAAAAGGGUAAGUCAGAAGAACAGCCUAAAUCAGCACAACAUUCCAAUAACAACUUGGAUGACCAAGCUCCUAAGCUGGCUCAAAAUGAGCAAGGAUGUAAACUCAAAACAAAACCAAGCAUGAAAAUAGAAACUGACAAAGUGGUUGAAGAACUCUGUGGAAGUGAAUCUGAGCAGAAAACUGUGGAAAUAGAGAGAGCAGAUGCUCCAGAAGAAUCUUUAUUUCAGGCAGUAGACAUGCAAGACGUUACUCAAAACAAAACAGGAAAGAAACUUGACUUUGAAAAAAGGAAAGAAAAUAUGAGUAUGAACAAAUUAAAUGCAAUAAAAGAAAUAAUGGAUGAUAGUGAUCAAGAGCAUCCCAAUGAAAAGGAAUACUUUGAUGAUAGUACUGAAGAGAGGUUUUAUAAUGAGUCAUCAGAUUCUGAGAGUGACAGCAAUGAUGAUUUUUUUAUUGGCAAAGUGAAAAAAAAGAAAAAAGUAGCAGCAAUUGAUAAUKUUUCUUCAACAAAAGAAAAGGGUAGUCUUCAGAAAAACACAAUAAAGACAGAAAAGAGCACAGUGCCUGGGGCAUCACAAGAUUUGAUCAUGGAAGAAAGAAAGCCACAUGCAAAAGCAAGCAAGCUGGAAUCAGUGUUCUGCAGUUCUUUGUCUACCUCCAKUCAAAAAUCUCAGAACAGAAGAAAUACUAAAGAUCAGCCUCUCAAAAACGAAAAAACAGGUUUUUUUAAAAAUGAAACAAAACUSAAGAAGAAACCAUUUGCAAAAUCUUCAGGGGAUAUUAAAUGCAACAAUAAGAAAGCAUGUGUGGAGCAGCCUCUUCAUCCUUCAUGGGAAGCAAGCAGGAGACGCAGAGAGCAAAUGUCUCAAAUUACAGCAUUCCAGGGGAAAAAGAUUAAAUUUGAUGACUAGACUAUAUGUAAAUGGAGGAUUAAAAAAAAAGGGGAUUGCAAAUGCUGUUUGAUCACAUUCAUGGUACUGUCAGUAUCCUUUGCAACCUAUACAAUUGCAACUGCUAUUAUUUACCAUGUUAGAAAAAGCAAGAUUGAUUCAUUCAUUCUGUGUGCUGUUAGUUCAUUAAUUUAAUGACCAUCURCUGUUGAUUCAUAAGUCUCAUUACGUAGUGCCAGCAUUCAUGAAAUACACCCUAAUGUGAAUGUAGGGUUUUUAGGAACAUAAUUUGUGCCCUGUAGGAAUAGUACAGAUUCUUUGGAGGGUUGGGGGUUUUUUUUGGCUGGGGGGGUGUUUUGGUUUUUUGUAUGUGAAAAACUGUACUUUAUAUGAGAAUUUGSUUGUCAAAAGAUAAGUUCUAUAUUGUCAAAUCUCAGCUGAGACAGAAUAAAAGAUUCUUAAAUUUGAAGAGAAAAUUACAAAUUCAUCAAUUUAUCAGGUAGCGGGAAAACCCAAUCAAUUGUAAGCACAAUAUGGAAAUUUCUGGAAAUAAUAAAAUACUGUGCUUUUAAAUUGUGA